AUGCCGCUCGAGGCGGUUAUGAUUGUUGUCGACAACAGCGAGCCGAGCAGGAACGGCGAUUAUGCUCCCACUCGGUUUGAUGCUCAGAGUGAUGCGGUGAAUAUUAUCUUCCAACAUGUCGUCAACGGUAACCCGGAAUCGUCGGUCGGCUUGAUGAGCAUGGGCGGCAAGGACCCAGAGGUGCUCGCAACGCUCACAACGGAUCAGGGCAAGAUCCUGGAGGGCCUGCAUCAGACUAGGAAGAAGAUCCGUGGCCAUGCCCACCUCUCGACUGGUAUCCAAAUAGCGAGCCUUGCGCUCAAGCACCGUCAGAACAAGUCGCAGAAGGCGCGCAUCAUCGUCUUCGUCUGCUCUCCCAUUCAAGAGUCCGAGAAGGAGCUUACCCAGCUCUCCAAGAAGAUGAAGAAAAACAAUAUCAGCGUUGACUUUGUGUUGUUCGGCGAUAUGGACGAGGAAAACCAGUCAAAGCUGGAGGCUUUCAAUAAGGAGAUUAACGGCAAUACCGAGUCAUCGCAUCUAGUUAUUAUCCCUCCUAGUUCGAAGUUGCUCAGUGACCAACUGAUCGCAACACCCAUACUGCUCGGCGAGGGUGCUACCAGCGGAUCGGGGGGGCUGGCAGGCGACGCCGGAGGCGAGAACUGGGAGUUUGGUUUCGAUCCAGCCACGGAUCCCGAACUUGCCCUGGCUCUGCGCAUGAGUAUGGAGGAGGAGAAGGCAAGACAGGAGAGGCUCAAGCGCGAGCAAGAAGAGGCUGCCAAGAAGGCCGGCUUAGAGAGCGUCAAGGAGGAGGGAGAGACGCAACCGCUGCUGGAUAAGGAUGGUCAGCCCAGUGGCAACAACAAGGACGAUGAUAAAGGUGAUAAGUCGGGCGACGGUGACAAGAUGGACACCUCAUAA